UUUUUCUAAGAAACGUUGAUAUUUGUAGACGUGGGAAAAAUAUAUAUAAUUCUUGAUUAUAUUAUCUUUAAUAACACAGCUUUCGAUACACGAUUCAUAACACUUCGCUCGAUACAAUUUAUUCCCAAAGUAACCUCCAAUUCGAAUUUAUACUCCAACUUUACUUGUUUCUUUACUAUGUGACACUAUGAAACAAAAAAAGGAGAAAAAUCAAUCAUAACUAUAACAAUAAUUUGACAGCUUUAGAAAAACGAUAAUUAGAGGCAAUAUUUUUAAAAUAAAUAAACAUCAACUAAUUCUAUCGUAACAAAAUAUUGACUUCGGCCUGCAUGCUCUAUCUCCGUCCGUCUUUCGAAAUGAGACAGUGAUGGCUGAGCGCUCGUGCCAGACGGACCUGUACUACGUGUCCCCAAAACAAAUAUAAGAUUUACUUAUAAAAACUGUGCUGUGUUGUGUGUCCUAGUGAUAUACCGUGUGCACCAAAACCUUUAAGUUAUAAUGGGUAACAAGCAAUUGAAUAAAAAGAAGACAUCUCGAAAAAGACAACUCGGAAGAUUCCAACAAACAAUGGAACUAACGAAAAGAAGAAAAUUGGAUAAUUUCACAGCCGAACAUGAUACUACAUCUUUAGACUACAUCGAACUGCAAAAUAUGGAAAUGGAAUCUCCGAUUUCAUCAACCACUGACAUUCAAAGUAACGAUGAGGCGACCGGCUCAAACAUUUUGAACCCACACAUUGCACAGGUGGAUGACACUUAUCGGGUUCCUAGUCUAUUAGAGGAAGAAGAUACCCAUGAGUUACAAAUAUCGUUCAAUGUGGAAGAAGAGCUUCCUGACAAAACCGUCGGUCGAAGAAUUGUCGCAGUUAGUUACCAUUCGAUUCGAUUCCUCACAUUUUAUUCAAUAAAAGAUUGUAUGGAAACUAUAUACAUAAACGCAAUAUUUCACUGAACACCGACAAAAUCGCAAUUUUCUUGUUUUGUUCAUACUUCAAGAUGGACUCUUUGUGACCUUGACGUCACGGUCACAUAUCGUUUUGUUCGGGGCGUUUCGCGAGUGAAGUACGACUGUCGGACUUUGACUAUCAUUUCUGACUUUUGUAUUCCUUUAAUGCAAUGGAUCCCAUAUAGACUUUUGAUCCUAAAGCCAAACCUGAUCGAUUGAUACCAUAAAUGAAAAUUAGUCAUCUAGCCUAUUAUCGAUAAGUAUAUAUGUUUUUCUUCAUCAAAUUAUCAAUAAUUUUCAGUUUUUAGAUUGUUCCCUCUAUUAACUCCUAAUAGUCUACCUUGGUGCCAAAUUUCAAGUUUCUAGGUCAGCUGGAAGUGGGUUAGGUUUUUGAUCUAUUAGUCAGUCAGUCACAAAAAUGCCGGUUUUAAAACGUUAAUUUAUGAAUAACUGUUAGAGCUACGUUUACGAAAUUUUGUAUUCUAGACAAGAUAAGGGGCUUGAAUAAAUGUGCAAAAUUGCAUGUGAGUAGGUAAAAUUGGU